GAGGCGGUAUAGCGCCGGAGAUCACUUUACCAACCACCAUUAAACCGAAAGAAGAAGAGAAGUGAAGCGCGAACAUGGCAGCAAAUGAAAGUGUAAACAUCGGUCAAGUAAAAGUGCAGAAGGUUGUUAACCGCUGGCUAGUGGAAUAUUACUUUUCUCUGACGGUGGAGUUCUUCAAGAACCAGCAGUAUGCGGAUUUUUGUGCUAUUAGAGACGUGCUGGACGCUGUCCUUCAACGUCCCAUUGAAAGUGUUGAUGACAUGACCUUGAAGAUCAGAUUGUUGCAGUUCCUGUCUCGCAUAAACGAGGGAGAAAAGCUUGAUUCAUUUUUUGAACCCGAUGAGUCCAAAACUCCGCUGGAAUCGGCCCUAAACUUGCUGGAAAGUAUGAAGGCAAAUUUCCAAAUUCCUCAAGCCGAUUUCGACUAUGUAUCCACAUUAAUUAAAGAGAUGAUCCUGGGAAUUUUCAUAAAGAAUGAGGUAUUUGAUAAGGCAAAAGCUGCACUCACUCUGUACUUCCCCAGUCCAGGAAAUGAAAAGAGGGCCACAUUCAUGAAUCUCAUCUGUCAGAAGAGUAACAAACACAAGGUCAUCAACCAAAUCAACUUCCCACAGUUUAGGAAGGAGAUGCUGUGUUUUUGCCAGAAGCUCUGCCCUUUUACUGUCCCUUUUCUUCACAAGGCUGCAUUGAGCCUUGUUGAGUCACGAAUUGAAGCUGAACAUGAAGCAGCAGUGAGGAGCGACGAGCAGGAGGAAGCCAGUCCGCCAUCCAGCCCACAAGUAAACGGCUUUCAGUUCAGAUCAAGAACUUUGAGAAGGUGUACAUUCAUCCAGAAGAGCAAACUCGAAGUAGCUUACAAAGACAUGGCUCUGUGCUUGGAAGAAAAAACAUUUUCAGACUUGGAGCAAGAAGUGGAGGAAGAAUCUCAGAAAAGAGUGUGCUUCUCCCUGGAGAGACACACUGAUUCUGUUAGAGGCGCCACUCAGAGCUCAGAGCAAGAAGCCCUGUUUCAGAGAAAGUCAGUCAGCCCUAUGGAAGCUUCCACAGCUGACCAGAUGACACAGACGGGCGCAGAGCGCCAAGCAGCAGCGGGGUCGCUCUCAAAGACUCUCUACACGGUGGCCCGGUUUGUGGUCGAGCCGGACAGCCAGCCGAGCUCACAGUGCACAACGGCUACCGAGGAGCUGGACGUCGAGACGAGGACAACGGAUUCUCCACAGAUGCCGUCCACAUCAAAUGAAGAGCUGAGCGGCCUGCAGUGCUCAGAUUCAGGCAGACAACAUUCGAGGCCCAGGAGAAAGCUUCCCAGGCGCGGCAGCAAUACACCGAGCAGAGCUUCAACUAGUUCCAUCGAAUACUCAUCAGGCAGUGAAGGGGAAUCCCCUCAGAGUGGGAAAAAAGAACUGGAGCGGCCGAAUGAAUCAUCCAGCAAAAAUGCCGACAGAUCCAGAGAAGUGCCAGAAAUCAAGGACGAUCAACGGGCGCACCCAAACGUCUCCAGAACUCAGAAGAAGCGACCGCUCAAAUGCAUAUCCAAGAGUUCUAAAACAUGUGACCCGAGCAGUGGAGAGCCUGUUUGUCCGUCAGACUCUUCGUCGGACACGUCGGCUGAUGCGUCCUCUCCUGACCCUGUCCCUCAGAAGAGCUCCACUCCUCACAAAGAUGGUCAAAGCAAGAUUCCCAGCAAAUCGCUUUGGAGAGGACACAAAAAUAUAACGGAGGAAAAGGAGACGUGGAUCGAUGAGGACUCCCUUUUCCCCUCCACAAAGAACAGAGGAUCGGGAUCAAAUGAAAGCACCAUGUCAAAUUCAGGACACAGAAGGAGGUGGACUGACAGCGAAACGGAGAACUUGAUUCAAGGGGUCAAGAAGUUCGGCGAAGGGAACUGGAAUAAGAUAAAGGCGUACUACUCCUUUAACGACCGCACCAACGUCAACAUCAAAGAUCGGUGGAGGACAUUGAAGAAGAAAAAAUUGGUUUAAUUUUAUUUUGUAAGAUUUUUUUUUUUCUUAUUCAGAUGUUUCUGUUUAGAAGCUGAGUUUUUUUUUAACGAGCUGUAAAAAGAAAAAGAAAAAACUGGAUUAUUUUGUACAUUUCUUGUUAAAGGAGUCAUCCAUGCAGUCUUAUUUUAAAGGACUUUUGUAAAAGAAUGGCACAGAUUACAGCCCUGUGCUUUAAAUUAUCUUGGUUUUCACAGGUAAUAAAUGACCAAUAAAUACA